UUGUACAUUACUUCAUGUUGGUGGGUCGCGGUUGUAGCAGAAGUCGUGAAAACCAACAAAAACAAUUUACUUGAAUUACAUAAACUCGUGUAUUGAGUUUGCCGCCAACGAACAAAUAUUAUGUAUUUGUGAUUUGCAAGUGUUAACUAUAAGUAGUCAAUAAUGUAUAAUGGAAUUGGGUUAGCCACAUCCCGUGGUUCUGGAACCAAUGGGCAUGUGCAGAGGAAUUGGGCUCUGGUAAAACCUACGAAGAAGGAAAAGAAUUACAGGACAGAGGAGGAUUUAGCUGCCUUGGAUGCAGCAACCAACAGACAACCUAACAAGGAGAUUUUGGAUCAUGAACGUAAGAGGAAAGUUGAACUGAAAUGUGCUGAAUUUGCUGAAAUUUUGGAGGAACAAGGUUUCAGUGAAGAGACAAUCAGUGCUAAAGUUAGUAACUACAGGAGCAUGUUGACGACGCAUGAGAAGAAGUUAGACAAACCCACGGAUAUGUGGGGAAGACCAAGUGUCACGGAAACCCAUCAAGUGGCCGAAGCCCUGCAAGAGAAGAACGCCAGGCUUCGAGAGGCCUUCGGGAUAUCCGAGUAUUUUGUGAACGGAAGCAGUUUCGAUCCGGAUAGGCAGGCCAAGGAGGAGGUGGCUAGGGCGAACGCCAUCCAAAGCGAGAAACUGCGAACUUUGGAUAAGGAAAAACGCUACGAAUUGGUGAGGACCCCAAGUCCUCCACCCACCGCUGUUCAAGAAACUGCAACUUCAGAAACGGGCGAUCAAAAACUGAAGACGAAAAAGCGCAAACACAGUAUAUCUGAAGAAGGAAAGAAAAAGAAGAAGUCUAAGAAGCGCAAGAAGGAGAGGGCGAAGAAAACUAAGAAAAAGAAGUCCAAGAAGCACCACGAGAGCGAGGACAGUGACGACUCCAGCAGCGAGGCAUCAUCCAGCGAAGACGAAGAGAAGACCAAAAAGCGGAAGAAAAAGAAGAAAAAGAAGAGCUCCAAGAAGAAGAGGCAGCACCACAGGAGGUCCACUUCGGCAAGCUCCAGAGACAGCUCUCCUGAAGUGAAAAAGAAAAGGCAUCGUUCAGUAUCAAAAGGUAAAGAUGAUGCGACAGCUGUCAAAGGAAAGCAGCGCUCGGAAUCGAAGAAGAAGGUUCAGCACAAGCACCGAUCCAGGACUCCUGUUUCGAGGACGCGAUCACCGAAAGCCGAUAAACCGGUUAAUAGGAAGGAGCGGACACCUUCGCCGAAGGAACAGAAGCGUCGCGGCAGGUCCAGGGAGAGGAAGAACAAGGUAGAGAAGACGACUCGAAGUGGUUCGAUGGAGCGCAGGAAGAGCAGGCGACCGUCACCAGAAGAAAUUACAAAAAGAAACCAGAACCGCCGCAGCCCGUCGAGGGAGCGGAACAACCAUUAUCGUAACCGCAGUCCGAUUCGCAGAAGCAUGUCGAAGGAGAGGAGCUACAGGAAUCCUUCGAGAGAUCGCAGCCGCAGAGACAGGAGUCGCAGCAGGCGUGGUAGAAGCCCCGAAACAAAUCGUAAACAGGAUAGGAGUUUAAGCAGAUACGAUAAUGACCGUGUUGUUGUAAAACAGGAGAGAAGUCCUGUCCGGAGGGACUAUAGGAAGAGUCCAAUGAAACGCGAGAAAAGUGAAACUCGUAAUGAAAAGAGUCCUGCGAGGCACGAGAGAGCGGAGAACAGUCCUGUAAAACGUGAAAGAAGCCAGAGCGGUAAACGAGAAAGGAGACGUGAGAGAAGUCACUCCAGGCAUGAUAAGAGUGCGAACAGACACGAAUCUAGUCCUGGUAGGCGAGAUAGAAGUCCUAGCAUGCACGAGAACAACCGUGGAAAAGUGGAUAGAAGUCCAGACAAGCAAGAGCGCAGCCCAUUCAGACAGAGUCGCAGUCGCAGCAAGCGCGACAACAGUCACAGCAGGAAUCGCUCACGAGAUGACAGCAGAAAUAAGUAUAGGAAUAAGUCCAGGGAGAGGAGAACACCAACCAAGCCGUUUGUCGAGAAGAGAUCCGAAAGAAGGAUGUCCACAAAGUCUCCAGAGAAGCAGUCUGCCAGCAAAGUCAGAACAAGGACUCCAACUUCUCCGCCUCCAGCUAUGCCCGAGAAUAGAAAGAAACGUAAGAACUCGCAUUCCGGUUCAGAGCCGAACAGUCCGAAGAAGAAGCGCUCUCCGAGAGUUCAGGUACCCGUCGUUAGACUAAGAUCCUCAAGCGAUGAGGACGUUUCUGAUAGAGACUGCGAUAAUGUUGACGAAGAAGGCGAACGCGAGAAGAGGAUGCUUCGGUUGCUGCAAACCGAUUUGGCUGCAAAAGCACGCGAAGCUAUCGAGAAGAAAAUGCCCAAAAAGAAUGCAUCAGAUAGCAACAUCAACAAUCCGAUUGCACCGCUGGUGAACAGUGGGCAGGCCGAUGAAGAUGAAGGAGGAAAAGGACAAACCAAAGGAGAUGACGACGACAACCACAAGCCUCAAGCUGAAUCGAAAUCCAGGAGCAGGAGUCGAAGCAGCUCGAGGUCUUCAUACAGUCGUUCAUCGUCAUCCUCGUCGUCUAGUACGAGAUCAUCUAGAUCGAGAAGCAGGUCUAGUUCGCACUCUAGGAGCUCUUCGAGCAGUUCCAGUAGCACUUCAAGAUCUCGUUCCCCUUCGAUACCGAGAAGGCACGGCUCGCCCAGUUUCCUGGAUCGCAGGAGGAUCACCAGCGCUAGGAAGAGGCCGAUACCUUAUUGCCGGCAGACGCCGUCUUCGCCCUCUUCAGCAAGUAGCUCCAGCAGCACCUACAACAGUCCUUACUACAAUAGACACCAACGAAGCACCAGCAGAUCAUUGAGCCGAUCAACGGUCACACCAAACGCAGACUUCAAAUAAGCUUUUUUUUCACUUCAACUUAAAUCCAAUAACAACAACGAUAUUAAUUUAAUGUUAAUUCUUUUCAAUUAACACCUAGGUGAUAUUAUUUCUUAGAUCAAAUCUAUCUAGUCACGAUCUAGUCUUAUUUAAUUAAUUAAUUAUUUAUUUAUUUAUUCUAAAAAAGAAAUGCUCCGGCAUAUAUACCAAUGAUUUUAAUUCUUAAAUCUAGUCAACCCACGAUAUUAUUGAAUUAAGCGACAAUUUGUAAAUACACAAAUGAAAGGAUAUAUUUGUUCUCAUUAUUCUGUGCAAUGUAUUUAAGUUAUAAGUUUUUAAACCAAAUUUGUAUAAAGAUCUGAGGAGAAGGAUGAAAAAAAACCAGAGUUAGAAAGAUCGAUUUAGUACAAAUUGGCCUAUUGAUGUUUUGGCCGUGUAUCUCGAGAGGAACACAAGCGUAUAUAGAUCAGUGGCAUAUUAAUAAAUGAGGAACAAGAAAUCGAGAAACGUUCUCAUUAUUCUAAUUAGCAAAAUUCUUACAUAAUCAAAUUGUAUUGCAUUUGAAUCUUCCAAAUUAUGCCACUGAUAUUGUAACUAAACAAUAAUUAUAUUUGGCAAAUGACCAAUUGAUAUUUACUAUUAUUAUUAU